AAUCUAGGCUGUGUCAGCAGAAUCCCGGCAGCUUGCUAAGGCAGCCGGCAGCGUGCGGAGCCGGGACAGGGAAAGGUCGGGCUGGGACACUGUAAGAUGAACUGCCGGGUGGUGUUAGUGGCGCUGAGCGCCAUGUGCUGGUGUUGGCUGUGUGCGAGUGAGGAUAUCGUAGUCGGCUGCGGGGGAUUUGUUAAGUCGGAUGUGGAUAUCAAUUACUCUUUAAUCGAGAUCAAAUUAUACACCAAGCAAGGUACCUUGAAAUAUCAGACCGACUGUGCACCAAUAAACGGCUACUUUAUGAUUCCUCUGUAUGAUAAGGGGGAUUUUGUUCUUAAGAUUGAGCCUCCCCUAGGGUGGAGUUUUGAACCAACAAGUGUCCCACUUCAUGUAGAUGGGGUUAAUGAUAUUUGUACAAAAGGAGAAGAUGUCAAUUUUGUUUUCAAUGGAUUUUCUGUGAAUGGAAAGGUGCUCAGCAGAAAUCAAAAUAUGGGUCCUGUUGGAGUUCAGGUUGCUAUGAGGAAAGCAGGGAGCAGUGUGAAUUUACAGACUACAGUAACACAAGUGGGAGGAAAGUUUGCUUUCACCAAGGUGCUCCCUGGUGAAUAUGAAAUUUUUGCUUCUCACCCCACCUGGACACUAAAACAGGCAACAACUAUGGUGCAAGUAACCAAUUCCAACGCACAAGCUGCUAAUGCACUUAUAGUUGCUGGUUAUGAUGUCUCUGGGUCUGUUCGCAGUGAUGGAGAACCAAUGAAGGGUGUUAUGUUUUUGCUUUUUUCUACAACAACCAAAAGUGAGGAUAUUUUGGGGUGUGAUCUGUCCCCAGUUGAGGGCUUUCAGGGAAAAGAUGAGUCUUUAUCAUACUUGUGCCAUGUCACAUCCCAAGAAGAUGGCUCUUUUACAUUCCUGUCAUUACCAAGUGGGGAUUACAGUGUGGUUCCCUAUUACAGGGGAGAAAGAAUUACAUUUGAUGUUGCUCCAUCCAGACUGGAUUUUUCUGUGGAACAUGACAGCUUAAAAUUAGAGCCUGUUUUCCAUGUUAUGGGCUUCUCUGUGACUGGAAGGGUUUUAAAUGGACCUGAAGGGGAUGGAGUACCUGAUGCAAUGGUAACUCUCAACAAUCAGAUGAAAGUUGUAACUAAUGCUGAUGGAUCCUUCCGUCUGGAAAACAUGACAGCUGGUACAUACAGUAUAGAUGCCCAGAAAGAACAUAUUUACUUUGAUACACUGACUGUAAAGAUUGCACCAAACACGCCGCAGCUUGCUGAUAUAAUAGCCGCAAGAUUCAGUGUAUGUGGGCAGAUCACUAUUACACAUUUUCCAGAAAAUGUCAGACAGUUCAGUAAAUAUAAAAUGACUCUAACCCCACAAGAUAAGGAAAGGAAUCCUGUUCUUACUACAGAAUCUGACUCUCAAGGAAACUUUUGCUUUCAGGCUAAAAGAGGAUCUUACGAUUUACAGGUUACUGUCCCAGAACAUGAUGCCAGAGCAGGCCUAGCAAUCAAACCAGCAGUAUUUUCUGUCACUGUGGUAGACAGACCUGUCAUGGACAUUUCUUUUUCACAGUUCAUGGCAUCAGUUUCUGGCAAAAUAUCUUGCUUGGAUACUUGUGGUGAUCUGACUGUAACAUUACAGUCUACAACUCGCCAGAGAGAUAAGCGCAGUGUGAUGGUUUCUGGGAAGGCUGAUAAUGUGCCUUUUAAUUUUGAGAAUGUUUUACCUGGAAAGUAUAAAGUGAGCAUCGUUCAGGAAGACUGGUGUUGGAAAAAUAAAUCCUUAGAGUUUGAAGUAGUAGAAGAGGACAUUGUUGGUGUAGAGUUCCGGCAAACUGGUUUCAUGCUCCGAUGUUCCCUAUCACAUGCAAUAACACUUGAAUUUUACCAGGAUGGAAAUGGACCAGAACAUGUUGGUGUAUACAAUUUAUCAAAAGGGGUCAAUAGAUUCUGCCUCUCAAAACCAGGUGUUUACAAAGUCACGCCACGCUCAUGUCAUCGAUUUGAACAUCCAUACUACACAUAUGAUACUUCAUCCCCAAGCAUUCUAACACUGACUGCAGUAAGACAUCAUGUCCUCGGGGCAAUAACAGCAGAUCAGCUAAUGGACGUGACUGUCACGAUUAAAUCCUCCAUAGACAGCGAACCAGCUCUUGUUUUAGGUCCGUUGAAGUCUGUUGAAGAGACACGUAGGGAACAGCAGAUGGCAGAAAUUGAAGCACGGAGACUGGAAAGAGAGAAAGCAGGUUCAGAAGAUGCUGAAUCUCAGCCUCCUGUUCAGGAAUUAGUAGAUGACCUACAAGGUCCAUUUUCCUAUGAGUUCUCAUACUGGGCAAGAUCGGGCGAAAAGAUUACAGUGACUCCUUCAUCGAAAGAACUUCUCUUCUAUCCAUCUUCUGUGGAGGCUGUUGUUAGCGGAGAAAACUGCCCUGGUAAAAUGAUAGAAAUUCAAGGCAAAGCUGGCUUGUUUCUCGAAGGGCAGAUACACCCAGAGUUAGAAGGCGUGGAAAUUGUGAUCAGUGAAAAGGGUGCAGCGUCACCUCUAAUAACCGUCUAUACUGAUGAUAAAGGAUCCUACAGUGUGGGGCCUCUACACAGCGACCUGGAAUACACCAUCUCUGCUCAGAAAGAAGGCUUUGUUAUGACUGCUCUAGAGGGCACUAUGGGCGAUUUCAAUGCUUUUGCCCUUGCAGGAGUCACAUUUGAGAUCCGAUCAGAGGAUGGACAGCCAUUGGCUGGAGUUCUCCUGUCACUCAGUGGAGGAAUAUUUCGUUCAAACCUUUUGACACAAGAAAAUGGGAUGCUGACAUUUUCCAACCUGAGCCCUGGUCAGUACUAUUUUAAACCUAUGAUGAAGGAGUUUCGCUUUGAGCCAUCUUCCCAAAUGAUUGAGGCCCAGGAGGGACAGAACUUGAAGAUUACAAUCAUUGGUCAUAGGACUGCUUACAGCUGCUAUGGAACAGUGUCCUCUCUUAAUGGUGAACCGGAGCAAGGAGUAUCAGUAGAAGCAAUAGGGCAGGGAGAUUGCUCCAUUUAUGGGGAAGACACAGUAACAGACGAGGAUGGAAAAUUCCGACUGCGUGGGCUGCGUCCUGGCUGUGUUUACCACGUACAACUGAAAUCGGAGGGCAAUGAUCACAUUGAGAGGGCCUUGCCAUCAUACAGGGCAAUCGAGGUUGGCAGCAACGACAUAGAUGAUGUAAAUAUUAUCGCCUUCCGUCAGAUUAACCAGUUUGACCUCAGUGGAAAUAUAAUUACCUCAUCUGAACAUCUGUCAACUUUACUGGUGAAGCUUUAUAAAAGUGAAAAUCUGGACAACCCUAUCCAGUCUGUGUCAUUGGGUCAGUCUUUGUUUUUCCAUUUCCCACCACUGUUAAGAGAUGGAGAGAAUUACGUUGUGCAGUUGGACUCCACUUUGCCUAAAUCUCAGUAUGACUACACCCUGCCUCAGGUUUCCUUCAGCACUCAGGGAUACCAUAAGCACAUCACUUUAACCUUCAGCCCUACGAGGAAGCUGCCUGAACAGGAUGUUGUCCAGGGCUCAUAUCUGGCUCUUCCUUUGACUCUCCUGCUGUUACUAGCUGGCUACAAUCAUGAUAAGUUGAUUCCUCUGCUCCUACAGCUGACAAGCCGACUGCAGGGAGUCCGUGCGCUUGGACAGGCAAACUCGGACAAUGGCAGCCCAGAGGAUGCAAAACGGCUCCCAAAAAGACAAAAAACAAGGAGAACAUGAACAAAGGUAUCAUGAUUGGAAUUGCCACUGAAGUCAUACCAAUGCUACUCCCUCAGGGCGAGUUAUGGAAGGAAAGCUUUGGUUCAGAAGAAACUACUGACUUCAAAGUUUUGUUAGAUAUUUCCAUUUUAAACAAAUGUUCGUUUGUACAUUUUAUGUGAAUAUAAAGCAAUCUUUGGCUUAACAUAACUAAAAGAAAAAAAAAAAUAAGAUGUUCUACCACUUUUGAUAUCCAUGCUUUUCAACGGAGGUAAUUUAUUUUUUUUUUAUCAUGAUGGAAAUACUUGAGGACCCUGGACCUUCUCACAAGACAAAUUAAUUUAUCUUCAAAACUGAUUUCCCACUGGAGCUUCAAUAAAAAGUGUCAUGAUUACCUUUUUA